AUGACGAAAGGAACGUCAUCCUUUGGAAAGCGUCGCAAUAAGACGCACACGUUGUGCCGCCGCCGCUGUGGCCCUAAGGCCUACCACCUUCAGAAGUCGACCUGUGGCAAGUGUGGCUACCCGGCCAAGCGCAAGAGAAAGUAUAACUGGAGUGCCAAGGCUAAGAGACGAAACACUACCGGAACUGGGCAGAUGAGGCACCUGAAAAUUGUCUAUCGGAGAUUCAGACAUGGAUUCCGUGAAGGGACAACACCUAAACCCAAGAGGGCAGCUGCUGCAGCAUCCAGUUCAUCUUGAGGAAUUUCAGUCAGUCAUAAAAUAAAUGUUCUGGUUUCAAAAG